AUGCAACUGCCCAAGUUCCGACUGGGCAAGGUGUCCAACACCAGUCACACCAGUGCGGCAUCCCUCACCCUUCGGCAAUCAAUCUAUCCUCUGUUCCUGGUCACCUUGCUCUUCUUCUUAUGGGGAUUCUCCUACGGCCUCCUGGACACUCUGAAUAAACACUUCCAAAACACCCUCGGAAUCACCAGAGUCCGAUCCUCCGGCCUCCAAGCCGCCUACUUCGGCGCCUACCCAUUAGCCUCCCUCGGCCACGCCAACUGGAUCCUCCGCAAAUUCGGUUUCAAAGCAGUCUUCGUCUGGGGCCUCAGCUUAUACGGCAUCGGAUCCCUCCUCGCCUGGCCAGCACUCGUCUACCGCUCCUUCGGAGGCUUCUGCGCCGCCAUCUUCGUCAUCGGAAAUGGUCUCGGAUCUCUCGAAACCGCAGCAAACCCUUAUAUCACCAUCUGUGGACCUCCCAAAUACUCUGAACUCCGCAUCAAUUUCUCGCAGGCUUUUAAUGGUGUGGGGAGUGUUGUGGCGCCUUUGAUGGGGUCGUAUAUUUUCUUCAAAGAUGUUGAUGAUGAUGCGAAUGCGAUCAAGAAUGUUCAAUGGGUUUAUCUGGCUAUUGCUUGUUUUGUUUUCUGCCUCGCGGUUGUGUUCUGCUUCAGCGAUAUUCCGGAAAUUACCGACGCGGAUAUGGCGUUGCAGGCCUAG